CUUUUGUUCCUAGCUAGUAACAUGGUCGCGGUAUCAUGGCGCCUAAUCAACGUCAACGACAGCUUACCUUGUCGAAGAAAGAAUUAAAAAAGCUUAAUGGAAGGAGAUUUUCAAAGCCAGAGGAAUCCUCUGAUGUGGGACUCGUUUAUCCCGGCUAUGACACAGCUUUCAAAUUGCUGCUCUCUGCAAGAUUUUGCUCUGCUGUGUGGAGUCACAUAACAGAUUGUGAUGAAACGUAUAAUUAUUGGGAGCCGAGUCAUUACUUGCUCUAUGGAACAGGCCAACAAACAUGGGAAUACAGUCCCGAGUAUGCGUUACGUUCAUACAUGUACCUGUUAAUUCACAUGGUACCAGCGAAGAUUUAUCACUACUUGUUGGAACCAAAUCCUGUGCUAGUCUUCUAUUUUGUGCGAUGCUUCCUGUCUGUGGGUUGUGCAUUAUCUGAAGUAUACUUUUACAAAAGUGUUUGCCGCGAAUUCGGAAUCCACGUGGCGAGGCUCACGUUGGCCUUUCUUAUCCUCAGUUCUGGAAUGUACAUAUCCAGCGCUGCAUUUUUACCAUCGUCUUUUUCGAUGUACUUCAGCACUGUUGCCACAGCAGCGUGGUACACUCGCCGAUACGAGCUGGCCGUCUUUACUACUGCCAUUUCUUCGUUACUCGGAUGGCCAUUCGCUGCGCUGCUAGGCAUUCCCAUUGCUGCCGAGAUGUUGAUGCACAAGCAGGAAUGGAGCAGAUUUAUAAAGUGGGUUCUCAUAUCUGGCCUUGUAAUUGCGAUACCAAUGGUGUGGGUGGAUUCUAUGUACUUCGGCAAGCUAGUCGUCGCGCCAUUGAACAUCAUACUGUACAACGUCUUCACCAAUCAUGGACCUAACAUCUACGGCACCGAACCGUUCGUUUAUUACAUCGUCAAUGGAUUUUUGAAUUUUAACUUCGUUUUUCUUGGUGCACUAUUCGCACCCUUGGGCUUGUUUUUAGUGUGGUUGAUCGUGCCGGCACGUCCAAGAGACAGCUCAUGUCUGCCGUAUUGGUACUCGUUGGCUCCUUUGUAUUUAUGGUUUCUCGUAUUCUUCCUUCAGCCACACAAGGAGGAACGGUUCUUGUUUCCAGUAUAUCCUAUGAUUUGUUUGGCAGGCGCUAUAGCGGUGGAUACCGUACAAAAGUUGUACUUUUAUGUUAGAACGAAACUCAAUCCGUCGCACAUCGGUUGCCACUAUUUACAGUACACCGCACACAUCACUAUUUCGGCGAUGGUGAUAUGCGGCCUUCUCGGAUUGUCGAGAUCGUUGGCAAUAUACAAAGGAUAUUACGCCCCCAUGGAAGUCAUGAUAGAAGCGAACAAGCUUGGAACGGAGGGCGAAGUGCCUAGCGACGUCAGCGUUAAUUUCUGUAUUGGCAAAGAGUGGCAUCGCUUUCCCAGUAGCUUUUUCCUCCCGUCCAAUAACUGGAAGUUGCAAUACCUGAAAUCUGAGUUCAAGGGACAAUUACCGCAGCCUUUCUUAGAUCAUGAAAACGCAACGAGCGUAAUCCAAGCACACUUCAAUGAUCUUAAUAAGGAAGAAACGUCGCGUUAUUUUAAUUUAGACAAGUGCCACUUUCUACUAGAUCUGGAUGUAGGAACUGAAACAGCCUUGGAACCGAAUUAUUCUCGCCUCGGUGAUCACUUUACUAUCCUGAAAUCUUCCGGAUUUCUUAACGCAUCGAAAUCACAUCCGCUCUUCAGAGCUUUCUACAUUCCGUUUGUAUCCCACAAGUUUUGUACAUACGGUUCGUACAACUUAUUACAAAGUAAUAAGUUGAAAUUCCUGAUUCUGUCCUCGAAACAGAAAAGCUCGAAAUUUUCUUAAGCAAUAGAAUAUCGAAUCAACGAGAUCAUGCAGUUUAUUUUGCAUUUGAGAGGUGAUUUUUGUUACUUCAUUAAAUGAAUAUAUUUAAUGUAUGUUUUGUAUGAUAUAAAUACAUCUUGUGUAUAAAUGGUUACAUAGAAUUAAGUUAAAACUAUUGAUUCAAGAUUUUUUAUUUAGGAUCUAGACAUUGUAAACUACAAAAAGAUUCCUGAAGUAUGUUUAACGUUAUCUUAACGAAGCUAGAAGUUCCUGACUUCUUUUUUUAUUAAUUUGUGAAAAGCAAAGAAAACAAUUCUAUUUUCUAUGAAAGUUAUAAUGCUGCAAAGAAUAAUCAUUAAUAUUUCAUGAUAUAUAAUUUAAAAUUCUAAAAAAUUAAAUUAUAUUGUGUAUGUAUUAAUAAGAUAAUCAGAUAUGUGAUGUCAAUGUAAAUAUUUUACCAUGUAUAUAUUAUAUUAAAAAUAAUAAUAAUAGUUAUAAAGAAAAA